AUGGCGGCCGUUGAAGCCAUGGAACCCCCUGCCUUCAAGUAUGCAGAGCGGCAAUGCCGCACUGGGAAAUGUGCUCAACUGCGCGAUUGGCUGACAAGCAUCGGUAUCCUGGAACGGGACUCCUUGCGGGACCUAAAGCACCGGCAAAGGCACUUUGAUGCCAAGAAGGGUGGGCAAAUGCCUCAACUGGAGCUACGUGUUCCUUGUGCAGAGGAAAGGCUGGAGGAACAGGUUCAUGCGAACUUCAGCCGGUUGGAGCAGUGGUUCAAGCUCUUUGGGAGGGCCACUCCAACUGGGAAGGAGCUGGAGGCAGCCAUCAUGGAAGCCAACGACAGCUAUGAUUUCCUGACUGGAUCAUUGCUGAGGGAUCGGAAGGCCCAGGCCUACGAGAUGGCCCUGGACUGGAGGAGCCUCGUGGCAGACUUCCUGACAGCAGAGCGGCGGAGCCCAGGAACCAGGCCUGGGCGUCACAAUGAAGAAAUGUGUGCGCUGAAGAAUAUCAUACGUGGAGUCUCUGGGCCACGGCCGAGACUUAGCCGGGAUCAGGGAAGCGCUGAAAGCAACAAGACGGACGAGGAUGAGAAUGCAAAAGACACUGAGAACGCAGCAGCAGUUGCAUCAAACAAAAAGCAGAGUAGCAAAGGAGACAACAUCAAGAAAGGAGGCACAAAGGACAAAGGAUCAACAGCUGCAGCAAAGCGAACACCUAAAUCAGAAACAGCGAAGGAGGUAGAAGCUGCUGCAGCAGAGGCUGACGAUAGCAACAAGACUGAGGAGUUGGAAGAGACACCAGGUGGGCAGGAUGAAGCAGCAGAUGCAGCAGCAGGGGAUGAAGAAGGAGAUGCUGGUGAAGGAGGAGGAGAAGAAGCAGACGAUGAGGAAGCAGCAGAAGAAGAAGAAAACGAAGAGCCAGAAGCAGAGGAUGAAGUUUCAGCAGCAGCACCAGCAGCAACUGAUGAGGAUGAAGAAGCAGCAGCUGAGGAUCAAGAAGAAGCAGCUGAGGAUCAAGAAGCAGCAGCUGAGGAUGAAGAAGAAAAAGUAGCCAAGGACGCAGAAGCAGCAGCGGCAGCUGAGGAUGAAGCAGCAGCGGCAGCCGAGGAUGAAGAAGCAGCGCCAGCAGCUAAGGAUGAAGAAGAAGAAGAAGCCGCAGCCGAGUUUGAAGAAGCAGCAGCAGCAGCAGCGGCAACUGCUAAGAAUGCAGAAGCAGCAGCAGCAGUAGCAUCUGAGGAUGAAGAAGCAUCAGCAGCAGCAGCAGCUGAGGAUGCAGAAGCAAUAGCAGAGGAGGCCGAGGAUGCAGAAGCGAUAGCGGAUGAGGAAAACAUCGUACAAGAUGAAGAAGCAACAGCUGAGGAUGCGGGCAACGAAGAAGCCAAGGAGCCGGAGGAAGAAGCAGAGGAUGAAGAGGCAGCAAACCAGCACAAAGAAACAGAAGCAACGCACAAAGGAGCAAAGGCAGGAGAAGCAGGAGAGCAGGCAGUAGCAAAUUCGAAGGUGGAUGCUGGGGAAAAAGCAGCAUGCGCAAAAAAGGAGAGGGCAAAAGAUAGCAAACGGAGCAGCAGUAGCAAUACACAGGCAACAAGUAUGCAGGCAGCGGUGGCUGCAGGCAAGCACGGACAUGGCAAAGACAAAGCCAAUGCAGAACCAGGAAGGAAGCGCAGCAACAGACAAACAGCAAAAGCACAGGAAGGUGCUCCCAAGGCAAUGAUCAACCCCUCGGAGAAGGAGACACAAGUGGAUGAUUCUGAUGGCACCCAGGGUGCCAUCGCAAGUGAUGAGGAAGAAAUGCGGAAAGGGAGGACUUUGGUCAAAGGCACCUUCAAGGACAGGAAGCCUCUUGAGGAGAAGCCAGCGGUGAUCCCGGAUGAAAUCCAAGAGCGCCUGCAAAAGGUCUUGCUCAACAUGUUGACAGAGGAUAAGGAUUCCCCUGAAGACCUUCUCAAGGCCCAAGCAAAGGUGCGAAAGGCUCUGAAGGAAGUUACUGCGCCAGAGGAAAAUGCAGACAACUGUGAGGGACAGAAAGCGCACCCCAAAAAAAGGGGGAGAGGUAAGGGUCAAGGAAGAGGGAAAGGUCGAGGAAGGGUCAAGAAAACAAACAGCAGUGGCAAUGAGCUGCAGCCUGCAGACAUUUCCACUGCCUGUAUGGACACACCGCAGACAAACACAAGGCCCGCGUUGAAGCGAUCGUGUGCCACGGCAUGCUUUGCCGCAGAUAUGCAGGGCCCCAAAAAACAAGCAGUUGUGGAGGAACACCAGCCAGCUUCCCAGUCUGCAGCCCCUGCCUCAAGCAGAAAGCGAAAGGCAGUGCAGCCUCCUGGGCAGGAAGCCAAUCCAAAAGCUGGCACAAAGACAAAACGAACAAGAUCCAAGGUGUCGCGGGUUGACCAACAGGCGGUGGAAGAAUUGCGACCGUUGACAGAACCAAAGGAGGUGUUCGCCAAGAUCCAGGCCCUCCAGCUGCCAGACCUUGUUUUACCACACGAGUUCCCAAAUGAUACAAAGUCGAUAUCUUUGCAGCCUCCAACCCAUGCAUCGGGAAAGAAAAGCAUUGGGGUGCUGUUGGAACCGCGUGUGGCUGGCUUCUAUGUCAGCAAGGUUCCGGACGAGAUCCUGGAUCUCCCGGCCAAAUAUGACUAUGCAGUGAACCAGAAGGGCGGUGUGAGCAUCAACAUAAGGAAGGAGGGUAUCAAAGGAGGGUGGCAACUUGCAACAGCAUUUGCUGGCUGGAUUGAAGAUGUGGACUGA